CACAAACCUUAUUUGUUCCCCACUACUUUGAGCGCCAUCUUGUUUGUAACUCUCCUACGUAAGUGGUAGAGUUUCUACCGAGGGGGUAUCCGAUUACCCUUUUCUCCAGCUCCAGACUGGGAACCCUCUCCCUGUAGUACUCACACUGCACUUGCUUUAUCGCCCUUUUUUCUCUUGACGAAUCUAAGCCACAGUGUUUCCAACUGGACAGACAUGAGCAUCGAAACGCUCCUGGAAGCAGCCAAGUUUCUGGAAUUGCAAGCCCAGCAACAACAGAAAGCACGUGAGGAUGAACUAAAGGAAAAGCAGCGUCUGGAGCAGCUGGCGGAGCAGUGGCACUCUGAUGUGAAGUAUAACUCAACAAUCAACAAUGUCUCUAAAGCAGAGGAGCUCCGCACUGAGUGCCGCCCGCUGCCCAUACCACCCUCUCUGCCUCCCCCCUCCAUGCCCAUUACCGUCAUCCCCAUCCCCGUGGUCACCCCCAACCCUACGGGCUCACCCACUCUGCCCGUCGCCACGCUCUCCCCUCCGGCUGCUCCACCACCCGCGGCCACGCUACCGCGCUCUCCACAGCCCAAACCGGACCACCAGACCUCCGUGCUGACCGCCAACCACAAGCAGCUGAUACCGAACCACCAUCAUCACCCAACGCUCAUCACCCAAACUAACAACACUAAACUGCACCAGCAGCUGGUUCAGCGCUAUCCCGGCUCCAUCGUCUCACCCCCCCAGCAACAUGCCUUACUCCCCCAGUCGGGCCCUGUGCUCCAGCAGGCUCCUUUACAGAACGGCCCCAUCAGCCGGGGGAGUCCUCCGGAUGACCGCCAUCUAGACAACAAGAAGAGGCCUGGAGGGGCAGGCACAAGAGAGGUGCAUAACAAGCUUGAGAAAAACAGACGAGCACACUUGAAGGAGUGCUUUGAGACGCUGAAGAAGAACAUCCCCAACAUAGACGAGAAGAAGACGUCCAAUCUGAGUGUGCUGAGAAGUGCACUGAGAUACAUUCAGACGCUGAAGCGCAAAGAGAAAGAGUACGAGCAUGACAUGGAGCGACUGGCCAGAGAGAAGAUAGCCACGCAGCAGCGAUUAGCAGAGCUGAAGAACGAGCUGAGCCAGUGGAUGGAUGUGAUCGAGAUCGACCGCGUCCUUCGUCAGACGGUGCAGCCAGAGGAGGACCAGGCCUCGACCUCCACUGCCUCAGAAGGUGAAGACGGUAUGGACGAUGACCUAGAAGAUGAGCCUGCGUCGAGAGCACAGACUGCCUUACCCACCGUGCCUCAAACCAUGAAACCUGAGCUUCACAAGGCUGCCACACCCACUCUGACCCCAACCCUGACACCCGCCACCACCACUACCUCCUUUAUCACCCAACACAUCUCCAUCCAGCACAAAGCCCCUCCUCACCUCCAGCCCCACCUCCAGCCCCACCUCCAGCCUCACCUCCAGCCGCUGCCAGUGACUCUUCCACAGCCAUUGUCCAAGCCCACAGCCCCACUUACACUCACAGCAACAACAUCCAGCACUCCCACCACCCCCAGUCAGCCCCUCAUCCCCACCCAGACACAGAUGGUUACCAUGCCCAGUCUACACCCCACGGUCAUUGCCCACGCGUCAGUGUCCCAUCCCUCAGUCAUCCAAGCAGUCAACCACGUCAUCCAGGGAGGCGGUCCCAAACACAUCGCCCACCUGGCUCCCUCCACCACCACCAGCUCUGUCCAGUUAGCCCCCGGCCACCAACCUAUCGGCCACAUCACGGUGCACCCGGUGGCUCACCUGAGCCAGCAUCUACCCGCCCUCUAUCCCCAACCGGUUGCGGUCACACAACCAGCUGUCGUCGGCCACAUCACCCACACCAUAAACCACGCCCACCCGCAGAUGAACGGCACUGUGCCUAGCCAACCAACUGCAGCCAUCGUUGGCAAGCAGACGACGGUGAGCACCCAAAUGGUGGCCCACCACCCACAGCUGGUGGGUCAGACGGUGCUCAACCCUGUGACAAUGGUGACCAUGCCCUCCUUCCCUAUCAGCACUCUAAAGCUGGCCUGAACUCUGCCAACGGGACCGCCAGGCUGGUAGACGGAGACGCCUCUCUAUCGGGGAGAGCCACAGGCCUCAGACCAGGCCACCGACAAGCCCACAGCGAGGCCAGGAGAGCUGCUGGACACCUCGCUGAUCCAGAGGUUCACUAUCAUUCAGAAGCACUGCAGCUGACACAAAGCCAGGAACAUUCCUAAGACAGAACGCAAACCUCUUUCAAUACUUGUCUAUCACAGCAUCCUGAAAUCUGAAAAAACUGAAUUUGGGAUAAGGCAGGCUGCAUGUGGUUGAUGGUCAUCAUGUUGAGUGUGUGUGGCAGUAUACAGCGGGCAGAUGUCAUCCAUUGUUGCAGAUAGCGGUGCAGUAGUCAUUUUCACGUGAGCUUUGCAGCGUCAUAUAGGGAAAGGUUGUGCUGCCAGCACCCUGUUACGGUGUUCAUGUAGGUACUGGCUGGUAGCGAGACUCCUCGCUAUCACUGUGACUGCCGUGGAUUAACCAAUAGUAGAUCAUGUACUCAGGAGGUUAGGACAGUGUAGGAUCAGAGUGCCCGACCCGCCAUAAUCACCAGCACAUUGGGAAUGUGAUUCAGACAAGCUCCUCCUCUACAGCAGAGACACAUGCUGCAGGGUUUGACAAAAUCACGGACUGAACCGACGCUCCUGAACUGGAGCUGCGGUCCUCAGCGAUGGUGCAUACAGCAAUAGCUCCCCCUGCUGGUUGAUUGUGUUCAAUAUAAUAUUACUAUCCCUGUGACAAUGAAAGAACAAGCACUUCUGUCAGGGUUUGGUUGUUAGUAUUGGAAUUAAAGGACACUUGAAUUGUUACUUAUCUCCAUCAAACAUACUGGCAGGUGUACACUGAGCACAAGUACAACAUUUUAGGAACAAGUUAUGUUUUUGUCACAGCUGCUAAUAUAUUUUAAAAUAUAUUUUGCCAAAUGCGAUGACUUUGUACAUCAACAAGUCCCCCCGAAAUGUAGACGCCACAACAGGCAGUGUCGUGUUUAAAUACUAAACGCCUGAGAUAAAACCUCACUGUCGGUCAGACGUACAACGUGAGGGAGUUGAGGGUUGAGAGAUUUUGAAUGUGAGUGCGUAAGGUCCAUAAAAAUAUAGUAAAGUGUGUUUCUAUGCUGUCCUGCAGGGCAAAUUGUGGUAAGAUGUGUGUUUGCAUGCUGUGAAUGCACGAGGGAUGUAAGAUUUUUUGAAGAUUGAAGCUCUGUCAUCCAUAACUUUCACUAUGAAGUGAUUUCCGCAGCUGCCAUAACUCCAAUCAGUGUGUGUUUUUUCAAGACUAUCCUUUUCCAAAGCUAGCACUGUGAACAUUUCUUUUAGUCUCAAUGAGCAGCAAACCUGCGGUUUAGCAUAUAACACUUGCUACAACAGCAACAUGCUCUGCUCUCCUACUUUAAUCUGAAUGUACUGACCUGUGAAAGGAUACGGAGUAGCGCACUCAUCAGAAGCCCUUUUUAAAAAAAAAAAAGAAAAGAAAAAAGAAAAAUGCAAUUACUUUAUUAAAGUAUUACAUGUAUGUAAAGUGUAACAUUUAAAACUGACUUUGUAUUUUAAGAUUUACUGUUGCUUGUUUCAUCUGGAGAAUAACUUAUGUUCAGUGUAAAUUUGAUAAUAUAGUUGUUGUUUCUUUCUGGGACCAUGUACAGUGCUGUAUAUCAGGGGCUGACAACUACACAGACCUCUUCCCACGUUGAUAUCAUAUUCGGCCACUUUGGAAAGUAUUCACCCCUUCAUUUUUUUUUGUAUUUUGUUGUGGUGCAAUAUGAUCACAGCAGGGACUUUAAGGUUGUUUUCAAUAACUAUCAAAGUGCGAUGAUAAAGCGAAACCCCUUUUUUCACCUUUUUAGAUUUCAUGCAAAUCAAAUCAAUGCAAACCUGAACAAAUGCAUCGUGAAAUCAUAUUGUAACAAAACAAAAUGUGUAAAAUUUAACAGGGAUUCAGAUACUUGAAGAAGCAACAAUAUACUUGUGUGUUUUCCCUAUGGAGAAAGUUUAAGUUGUAUAUAGCCUGUAAAUGUGGGCUGCAUUUAAAUCUAACUGUAUUAUGUAAAAAACUGGGGAAAAUAUGUACAAUUUAAAAAAUUUAUAAAAAAGAUACUUAAUAAAUUGUAUUAUGUUUACAAA